AAACUACUCUAUGGUCAGUACCUAUCCGACAGCCGAGGGGAACGCACGCGCGCGAUGUAAAAAAAAAAAUAAAAAAAAUACAAACUCGGUACUAAAUAACCCUAAAAUGUUUUUCGUGACUCUAGUGUUUUUGUGUGGUUACACAAAUGGAUUUGCUUUACCUUUCGAAGGGUUGUACAAGUUGGAUAUAAUACACUAUAAUGAUUUUCAUGCUAGAUUUGAAGAAACUUCAGUGGACACGCCAACCUGCAGGUAUAACAACAACUCCUGUAUUGGCGGGUUUCCCAGGCUUUACCAGGAGAUCCACACACUCCUGGAGGAGAAACCUGACUCCAUAGUCUUGAAUGCUGGUGACAGCUUCCAGGGUACAUACUGGUAUACUCUGUUGAAGUGGAAUGUGACUCAGGAGUUCAUGAAUUUGAUUCCUCAUGAUGCUCAUGCAAUCGGCAACCAUGAAUUCGACGAUGGCCCUGAAGGACUAGCACCGUACCUCUCAGCAUUGAAAGCACCAGUGCUGGCUGCGAACAUGGAUACUACUGAGGAACCAGUACUGCAAGGACUUUACAAGCCUCAUCAUAUAGUGGAGAGGAAGGGCAGGAAGAUUGGAUUAAUUGGUCUUAUUACGCCUGAUACUGCGAAACUAUCAUCGCCCGGCAAGGUUAAGUUCACUGACCCCAAAGCGGCGGCCAAGCGUGAAGCUAAAAUAUUGUACGAAAAAGGAGUAGAUAUCAUAAUUUUACUGUCCCAUUGUGGAUUAGAGAUUGACAAGGAAAUAGCUAAAGACUUCGCAGAGCAUAUAGACAUCAUUGUUGGAGGACAUACGCACUCGCUUCUCUGGAAUGGAGACGCUCCGAGCGGGGAACCUGUGGCCGGACCUUACCCUGUGUUCAUUGAGAGCACUGAGAAUAAGAAGCAUCAGGUGCUGAUAGUCCAAGCCUCAGCGUUCACCAAGUACAUGGGCAACCUGACGGUCUACUUCGACUUCCGAGGAGACUACGUCAAGUGGGAGGGCAACCCUCUCUUCUUGGACCGAUCCAUACCUGAAGAUCAAACAAUAAAAGAGAAACUGGCGCCUUACGCGAAGAUGGUGCACGAAGCUGAGAACGUGCCCGUGGGGUCCACUGAGAACACCAUGCGGUUCGACGACUGUGUCUUCGGGGAGUGCACUAUUGGAGACAUGCUGGUUGAUGCUCAGCUUGAGUUUGCCAAGAAGACAGCCAGUUCAAAUCACCAGUUAGUGUCAUUCAUUCAACGUGGUAACAUCAAGUCUUCGAUUAUGCAAGGAAUUAUAACCGAAGGCUCAAUCUUCGAGCUGCUGCCGUUCAACGACCGGGUUGAGCUGUUUGAGCUGCAAGGAAAGUAUGUGCGUCUAGCGCUGGAGAGGAGUGUCAGUGAUGCGUGGGGCUUCAGCCCUUUUAAAGGACCCUGGUUAUUGCAAGUUGCUGGACUCCAAGUAACAUACAACGUGACGAUGCCUGAAGGUAACCGCAUCACGUCAGUGCUAGUAGGCGAGCAGUCUACUCCACUGGAUGAUGAGGAAAUAUACUGGGUGACGGCGCCAGCUUACCUGUCUGAUGGAGGGGAUGGGUUCUCUAUGUUCAGAGACGGCAAACAAAACUCCAAAGACAUCGGUCGCGAUCAGAAGAUUCUGGAACAGUACAUCAGAGCUCAUUCGCCUCUGAAAAUUAAAACUUCAGGCAGAAUCGUUAUUAAUAGUUGACUGAAUUAAUUUUACUUUUUAAUCGAAUUACACAGAGGAGAUAUACAAUGAAGUAUUCAGUCACACGUUUUUGUUUCAAGAGGCUGCGGUAUGCAUUUGUUUAUCUGACUUCGGGAUUAUAUGUGAAACUUUCAUUUGUUUUCUCCUCUGUGGCUAAUACUCCUGUAAAUAGUGUUCAGUGUUACAAUUUGCAGUAAUUUUCAAUGUCGGUAUUUUUCACUUUUAAUUGUACCUAGGUAUUUACAGUGGGUUUCAGCUUCAUAAGAUUUCCAAGAAUUUAAAUGUAGGUAUGCUUAAGUGUCAACUUAGACAUUUUAAAGAACAAAUAUAGACUCAAUUUUCUUUAUGAGCCAUUUCUAUUAUAGUAAGUUCAACUCAGUUGUGCGCGCGGCCUUAUGUGUGGGUAACCCUUGUACAUAUAGAGUAACUUUGUGUGCGUGACAAGAGGUACAGUCGGGUACAAUACAGUUAUUUAGGGGUUGUAUACGGGGGUUUAAAGAAAAACAGUUAUUACGUAAUUUAAUGUUUAUUUAUUUAUAAUGAUUAUGAAUCGCUAUUUGAAAAAUCAAAUGAUGAAUUUUCGGAUUCGCUACUCUCCAAGGAGAAUUAUAAAUUCUGACUCCAAUAUCAAAAUGUCCAUAGUAUUCUUCUUUUUUCUUUGCUACAUGUCGACAAGUAUUACGCCACAUCCCUUCAUCAAUUUGACUUAAACGUUCAUUUAUGAGUUUCAUUAUUUUGUUAUUUUGGUCGACAUUAUGCGAAGCAAUAUAACUUUUUAAAAUUCCCCACACAUUUUGUUUACAUUAUUAUACUAGAUUAUACCUCUUUUUACAUUCUUAGUCCACACUUUUAUUUAUUGUCCACGUACCCCGAGCUAGAAAAUAUGUACUUAAGGAGUAUUCAAUUCUUAGAUACUGUCAAUGUCAAUUUGAAAAGACGUAUGAAAAAAUAAUGAAAAACUAUGUUUAAUAAUAAAAAGCUUUGAAUGUCGUUUUAUUUUUUGAAACGCUUUAUCUGACUCCUUAAUAAUUUCUCCGCGAAUAACUAGUAUUUUCGUAAACGACUGUACCCAUAAGAAAAAGUGAUAAGAACACGUCAUCCUCGGACGACGUCACUGUCACACGAAUGAAAGUUGUAUAUUUACAAGCCGACGCACACAUAGGGCCGCGCGCAAAUCUGAGUUGAACUAUCUAUACAUUGCUUGAUUUCUCUAUCAGUAAUACAUUUGUUAUGAAAUCUUGGGCUCCAAGACUUUAGGUACCUAUUUAUCAAUUGCUUAGAAAUUACCUUACCAACAUUCCAUAAUAUGAUGUAUUUUUUUGGAAAAGCAAUCUCCAUUUAAUAAUACAAUUUGUCACUACAUACAGGAGUAUGUAUAUUUAGGCACCUGAUUUUAAACUUAGCUACAUUAAGACAAAGUAUGAUUUCGAACGUUGUGAUAUAUAUCAUCUUUUUAAAGUGAGAUUUUUAAGGAAUCGCUGUCAAACAGUGACCCCUAACAGCUUCCACACACUGCAAACUUUAAGUCGGCCGAUAGUUUAAUCGGGCUCAUAAAUGAGUAUGAAGAUGAAUGGUGAACAUUACAACGAUCAGGUAUCCGACUAAAAUGGUUAAAUAGCAGCCAAUUUCUUCAUAAACAAAUAAAACUAAAGGUAACAAUUUAAGUAAGGGUAUUAACUUUUACUUGACCAUUACUGACAGUUUAACAAAUAUGUUUUUUCAUCCAAGUAACAGCUAAACUAAAAGUCAAUAGAGUUACCACAACUUUGUCAAAAUGACAGUGACUUUAGUUUUUACAGCCCCCUGAGCAGUAAAAGUUAAAGGCUAAAGUUAGAGCAAAACUAAUAGUUAAAAAGUGUAAAAAAACUAAUUUGAAAGUUACUUUUACUUUAUGACAUUACUUUUGAUGAAGGAACUGGCUUUAGAUUUCCAAUUACCUUAAAAAAUAAACUAUCGACCAACCAUUAGGUUAUGGGCCGACAAUUUAGUCUACAGUGUGUGGAGGUUCAAAAUCUUUACAUUUCAUCCUUGUUUUAUUUACGAGUAGAACUCUAUUUCAAACUAAGAAGACGGUUACAAAUAAUUUUGUACGUUUUCACUAGAAGAUUCUAGAUGCUAAGAUUUUCUAAGAUACACAGAAACCUAAAUAAUAACGUUAUUCAUAUAAUUUGGUUUUCUGUGCCUUAUUGCAACUAGAAUACUGUGGGCAUUUUAUGCGACGUUUUGAAAAUGACUUUCGAAUGAAGCCAUUUGAUUGGCUACUUCAAUCAAACGAUGUGCUCUGAUUGGCUACUUCAAUCAAAUGAUGUGCUCUCAUUGGCUACUUCAAUCAAACGAUGUGCUCUGAUUGGCUAAUUAUUUUCAUCUUGUAUCCAAUAAAGUAAUAGUAUUUUCAAUGUCAAUGUAAUUUCCCUUUAGGAAUAAAGUUGUAAAUUGUAAUUCUUUAUGAAAUUAAAGUUAGUCAAAUUAAAGAUAGAUUGAAUGUAAUUUUUGAGUUUUUAAAUCAUAAAUAAUUUGACGGUGCCAUUUUGUAGUCAGUUGCAUUGAUUUUGUUAAAUCAAAUUAAUUUAUGGUGAAUAUUUUUCACCCUUAAUAAUUGAUUGUUAAAAAAAUAAAUUGAUUUCGUAAAUAGA